AUGGCACACGCUGCGAGCACCAGUGGUGACAUGGGCAUUGCAAGCGGUCACAAGCGCGGCCCACCCUCACCUGGUUCGCCAAACGGACAAACCGCCCAACAGAUAAGAGUGGCUGGAAAGCAGCCGGGAGAGCUCGACGAGCUAAUCGGCUGGCUCGAACAGACUGUGGUUCAGGAAAAAGAGAAGAAAAAGCUGGCCAUGACAGUUGCCGAGAAGAUGCUCGGAAAACUCAGCCGACUAAGGACGCUGACGCGGUUAUAUACCGAAAAUAGCAGGCUCGCUGGCGAGAUUAAGGGCAAAGAGGACGCCCAGAGGGAAAGCCUCACAGUCUUCAUCAAUAAACUGGAUGCUAAGAACGUGGAGACAAACAGCCUUACGGCUGAGCUGGCAGCACUGAAAAGUGCUAGGGUAGCGACCGCCCAAGGACCGUCGAAAACGACUUACGCCGCUAGGGCAGCGGCAGUUGCACCAGCAGUAGUAACAGUAACAGCUACUACUACAAGGUCCAAGAAGGCGAAGGAAAAGGACCACCUGGAAAAAAGUAGACGAGUGAAAGCCACUUCCCGAUUCAUGGUGGAAAUUCCCCAGGAUAUGACGGUUGAAAGCGUAAAGGCCGGCGUGUGGCAAACCGUAAAAGAAAAAAAUCAGCAACCCGAAAGCGAAGACAUUGGUAAGCGGCAACAACCUAAUAAUAAUACCGGAUGA